AUGAGCGACACAGACAAGGCGGCUGCGCUCGAGGCGUAUCGCAAGGCGAUACGUCAGCAUGACGAGCGCUCCGAAGAGCUGAAGAAGCGUGCGUACCUUAUGCUGACCGCAGUGCGCCUGGGCAUCCGCGAUUUGGAGAAGGAGUACGACCAGACGGAGGAGAAUAUCAAGGCUUUGCAGUCGGUUGGCCAGAUUAUUGGCGAGGUGCUAGCGAUGUACGUGUGUGGUGCUGACGCAGACAUUGUCAAGGCCUCGUCGGGUCCGCGCUACGUGGUCGGUGUGCGCGCCACGGUGCCGCGCCACAAGCUCGUGCAGGGCGUGCGUGUGGCGCUGGAUAUGACGACGCUGACGAUCAUGCGCAUCCUGCCGCGCGAGGUGGAUCCGACGGUGUACAAGAUGAGCACUGAGGACCCGAGCGGCGCGUCGUUCGCGGGCAUCGGUGGCCUGAGCGAGCAGAUUCGCGAGCUGCGCGAGGUGAUUGAGCUGCCGCUGCUGAACCCCGAGCUCUUCCAGCGCGUUGGUAUCAAGACGCCGAAGGGUGUGCUGCUGUAUGGCCCACCAGGCACGGGUAAGACGCUCCUGGCGCGCGCGGUGGCUGCGACGCUGGAGACGAACUUUCUCAAGGUCGUCGCGAGCGCGAUUGUGGACAAGUACAUUGGCGAGAGCGCGCGCCUGGUGCGCGAGAUGUUUGCCUAUGCGCGCACGCAGGAGCCGUGCAUCAUCUUUAUGGACGAGGUCGAUGCGAUUGGUGGGCGGCGCUUCAGCGAGGGCACGAGUGCGGACCGUGAGAUUCAGCGCACGCUGAUGGAGCUGCUGAACCAGAUGGACGGCUUUGACCCGCUGGGCAAGACGAAAGUCAUUAUGGCGACGAACCGGCCGGACACGCUGGACCCUGCGCUGCUGCGCCCGGGGCGCAUUGACCGCAAGAUUGAGAUCCCGCUGCCGAACGAGCAGAGCCGCCUGGAGAUCCUGAAGAUCCAUACGCGCCCCAUCGCGAAGAAGGAGGAGCUCGACUACGAGGCGAUCGUGAAGCUGUCGGACGGCUUCAACGGCGCCGACCUGCGGAACGUCGCGACGGAGGCGGGUAUGUUCGCCAUCCGCGCGGACCGCGACUACUGCCUGCAAGAGGACUUUAUGAAGGCGGCGCGCAAGCUGCAGGAGGCCAAGCGCCACGAAACCAAAAUCGACUAUGCGGCCGUAUAA